CACAGCUGUCUUGAGUCUGCCGGUUGCCCAGACUCUCCUACAUGUUGGGUAGCUUCUUGAAUUACUAUUUGGAGAUUUCUACUCGGAGAAGUGAUGGACUGCUUCGCCAAUUUCAUUCCGCUCUGGAAAGGCUUUAACAACCGGAUAACCUUUACCAGGGCGACAUCGCAAGAGAAGAGGUUUGUUAUAUCCUUGCAUUGCUUAAUAGUCUCUCCAUUGACAUGUUCAGAUUAUCAUUUUUGCGAUGUGGAAAGAGGACCCGAUGAUCUCGUGAUAACAUUCCUUCGGUAUCGUUUUUAUGACUGCCUUCCUUGGGGCGAGUUCAAAAGACUCGAAAGAUCAGCAUCACUUGCAGUGGUUAAAGCUGGCUGGAGUUGCAUCAUUCUGGAUCAGAUGACUGAAUCGAUACGCAGAGGGAAAUUUAAGGAAUCAGAUCUAGAUAAGGCUCGGAAGAGGGCGAAGGAAAACCGUGAGAAAAUCUUCAGUCGGAGUUUUCCUGAUCCAACAAAUCAUUUCGUUAAGCAAGCUAGGUGGUAUGAAGGCCAAUGCCUGUGAAUGCAGUCAGCCAUACAUUAGCGUACAAAGAUUGAUACAUGGCUUGUCGACAUACAAUAAGAGUUCGGUUUUAGUGCCUUAGAAAA